AUGUCUGACGGAGGAGAAGGAGAGGACGAGAUCCAGUUCCUGCGGACCGCAGGCAGGCAGGCGGCAGGCGGGGAGUUUACCGCAGUAAGGCUGACAGCUCCUCCUCGCUGCCCGCAUCCUGCAGAGGAUGGAGGAGCAGACAGGAGGAGGUGCAGGGAGGUGCUGUCAGGGUGGAGUGGGAGUCACAUCCGUUGGGGUCAGCCGUUCAGACUGAGACACGUGACCACGGGAAAAUACCUGAGUCUGAUCGAGGACAGGUCUCUGCUGCUGAUGGACAAAGAGAGGGCCGACGUCAAAUCCACAGCCUUCUGCUUCAGGUCCUCCAAGGAAAAGUUGGACCCAGGUGUUAAGAAGGAGGUGGAUGGGAUGGGGGUUCCUGACAUUAAAUAUGGAGACUCUGUGUGUUACAUCCAACACGUGGACACCUUUCUGUGGCUCACCUAUCAGACUGUGGAUGCUAAGUGUGCUCGUAUGGGAGGAGUCCAGAGGAAGGCCAUCAUGCAUCACGAGGGUCACAUGGACGACGGGCUGACUCUGUCUCGAUCUCAACACGAGGAGAGUAGAUCUGCACGAGUCAUCAGAAGUACUGUGUUCCUCUUCAACCUGUUCAUCAGGGGGCUGGACACUCUGAGGAAAAAGGGGCGGAGCUCCACUCCAGAUCUACCAAUAGAUUCAGUAAGUCUGAGUCUGCAGGAUCUGAUUGGAUACUUCCAGCCACCCGGAGAUCACCUGGAACAUGAAGACAAACAGAACCGCCUCAGAGCGCUCAAGAACCGACAGAACCUGUUCCAGGAGGAGGGGAUGAUCAGCCUGGUGUUGGAGUGUAUAGAUCGUCUGCAUGUGUACAGCAGUGCCGCUCAUUUUACUGAAGCUGCAGGACGAGAAGCAGGAGACGCCUGGAGCUCCAUCCUCAACUCACUGUACCAGCUGCUGGCGGCUCUGAUCAGAGGGAACAGAAAGAACUGCGCUCAGUUCUCGGGCUCGUUGGAUUGGCUGAUCAGCAGACUGGAGAGACUGGAGGCGUCCUCUGGCAUACUGGAGGUCCUUCACUGUGUGCUGGUGGAGAGUCCUGAGGCUCUGAACAUUAUUAAAGAGGGACACAUCAAGUCCAUCAUCUCUCUGCUGGACAAACACGGACGCAACCACAAGGUCCUGGAUGUCUUGUGCUCUCUGUGUGUGUGUCAUGGCGUAGCAGUUCGCUCCAACCAGCAUCUGAUCUGUGACAACCUGCUGCCAGGACGAGACCUGCUGCUGCAGACCCGCCUGAGCAACCACCAUGCGCCCCAACAUCUUCCUUGGUGUCAGUGAUGGCUCCGCCCAGUACAAGAAGUGGUACUACGAGCUGAUCGUGGAUCAGGCACUGCCGUUUGUCACAGCGG